UAUAAUUAGGUAAUUAAAUAUGGCGGCACCGAGUGUGCAAAACAUCUAUAAUCUGACACCUUUGCUUGUAUAUGACAGAGACGUUAGAGAAUUCCGGAUCAGGCACUGGAAUGACUGGCGGAUAUAUAGAAUCCGGAUUGAGUAUCAUCAGCACGCUCCCAAUGCUCACACGCCAUCCCAAACUCUGGACUAUACCACACCGAAACAUGUCCCGUUUAGGUCUGUAAAAGAUGUCACUAUUUCUUCUUUAACAUCGAGUUCUGUCCAAGUGAGCUGGACAACACCAAUGUGUGAUUAUCACGGAAGUGAUAUAAUUAGCUACACAUGCGUACUAAGGACGAGUGAGAACGUGAUUAGAGUUCAAACGGAGAACGAAGUGCUUCAAGUCGAUACACUUAAACCAUUCACAAAUUAUUCAGUUGUUAUAACAAUUGAGAACGACAUUGGACCCGGACCCUCAAGUUCUCCAGUAAUAUUCCAAACUGUAGAGGAUAUUCCAGGUCCUCCAACAAUAAUAAAGCUAUCUCCACUACAUAAAGCAAUCCUGGUGAUAUUCACACCUCCUAUGGAAACGAAUGGCAUUAUUACAAAGUACAGGUUGAUGAUUGAAGUGGCGAUGACGUCACUCAAGAGAGACAUGGAGAGUGACGUCACAUCAGUGACAAUAAAAAAUCUGUCAUCUUACACAAAGUACAACAUCAAGGUGCAAGCUAGAACAAGUGCAGGAUGGGGAGGUUUCAGCACAGUUAGGGCUGUAAUGACUCUAGAAGAUACUCCAGACAGACCCACGGAGUUUACUGUCACUUCUCAAAACGAAACGACAAUAGGAAUACGAUGGAAAUCUCCAAAUUUUACCAAAGGGGUUAUCCAAGGAUACAAGGUGUCGUAUCGUCAGAGAGGAGAUUCCUAUGAGAAGUCCUUUUUUUAUGGCGUCCAUUCUGCCAUGAUUGAGGUAAAAAUAUCUGGACUGGCGCCGGGAGAAUACUACCAUUUCAGAAUUAUGGGGAGGUCUGGUGUAGGCUACGGUCCGAGUCUUAACGGAUCGUCUUUUACAUUUCCAGCAACACCACCAAAACCAUCAGUACCCAGGAUGUCUUAUAAAAAUCAACAACUGACACUUACUUUGAAUCCAAGUAUUCUGACAGAAAAACACUUUUACUUAGUUAGAAUCUAUGUUCGCGAUGUGAGUAGUUUAGACGCUAAACUUCUCAAUGAAGAAGCGGGUCUAUCUGGAACUGUAAUGCUUAUGCUAAACAGAGACGACAUUACACGGAGUGUUACUUACAGUCUGGGAGACAACACCACUACACAUGGGGUCCAUAAUACAGUACUCCAGUUGAAUCACACCUACAUAUUCUAUCUAGAAAUAGUGAUAUAUUUCGAAAAUAUUCUUCGGUCGAGUUAUGUAAAAUAUCCAGAUUCUUUCACCAUUGCUUUGCAAAAACAUACUGUAAGAGACACCGUGAACAAAGAGGAAUCGGGAAUUGUGGGUGUCGUGAUAGGAGUUAUCUUUGUUAUUCUCCUUAUCCCUGCUACUGCUACCAUUUGUAUUGUUAUGAAACGAUCCAAAGAGAAAAGCAAUACCGGGUCGGAUUACGAUGGUAACGAGACAGCGUAUGACUGGGAGAAGGCGGUGAAUCUCGGGGGAUCUAACAGGUCCAACUUUAUGCUCUCCACGAGUUUUCGGCGAAGUUUAGAUUCGAUUAAUGGAUCAUUGCUUGGAAACACAUCACUGUUAGACGAACCAUGUGAUACUGAAACCGUCCAGCGUUCAUCAUCUUUUCAAUCAAAUACCGGUUCUUCACUAUUGGAAAAUCAGCACAGUCGUUCUAAAUCCAGGAGGGGUAUAAAGAAAUCGUUGUCUGAUACCGACAUGUUUCAGAAAAAUACCCUUUAUUGUAAAAAUGAUGACUAUCCCAAUGCAAAUUCAAAUUCUUCACGCAUGCGUAAGGUGCCGAAUGAUCGGAAUGAGAAGAAAAUUUCUAGAAGACCGUCUGUACAUAGAGCUAAAACUCUUCCAAAUGAGACAAAAAAGAAAGCUCCACCGAAACCGAAACGCCAUCGUUUGCACAGAAGUGCCACAGGCAGUAAUUUUGAGGAGUUAAAACGGCGUGCAUGUAGUCCUAUUGUGGAAGAAGAUUUCGAUGAGAUGAUGAAAAGCAUUGACGAAUUAUCGCAUCAGCAUCGGAAACUGUAUUCCAAACCACGAUCGGAAUUUAGAACAGAUCCCAAACGCAACAUUUAUUCGAGCGAUAUGGAUUCCGUCAAUGCCAAUGCAAUGGAUAUCGGUACUCAAACUUCUGCUGAAAGGGGCACAGCUAGAGAAACUCAAUUAAGGCGUAAACGAAAAAUACUUGCGUCCUCUGCAAUGUCGGAGAUCAGAAGAAAACCCAAGAACGACCAGAGACGUAAACAAGCGAACAAGAAUUCAGACGUGGAUGUAACUGAAAACAACGGUAAAAGUGAGAGAAACUCGAAAAAAAUCAUCUGUACUGAUAAUGAUAAUAAGAAGCAGCUCAGAAGAAAACGCGCUUUACAACGGAAAGCAGAAUCUAUGAAGGAUUACAAAGACAUUCAAUUCGAUAGCAAGAGCAAGUCUAUGUCUUUCAACUACGGUGAUUCUCGGAAAUAUAUCGACUCCAUUAUUUCAUCAGGUAGCGAUGACGAAAUAGAGGGUUUCAAAUCUCGUAUAAAAUCCCAUGAUAUCAGAGUAAGCAAACCGCAGCAGGAUGUAUCUGAUUCACUGAAUAUGGAUAAACAGCUAGAUUUUAAGGAACGUGUCAGUGCUGGAACACAUUUCGAUCGCAGUAGGAAGAAAUCGCAUUCUUUACGAGAAACCGGAAGUACCAUGCAUGGAGAAUACCGAGAGCAAGAUAUCUUAAAAUUUUGGAGCAAAACAUAUUCGUUUCUUGACGAGCGGAAAAUUUUAGCAAGUCAGGAAAAUUUGGAGGACUACAAAGUGACAAAUUUUUAUGAAAAUGAUCGUCCCCAGACAGUGUCGCUUGAACUGGAAUUCAAGUCCUUACCUACAGGUGUGUUAGGAACAACUAAUAUUGCACGUCAGAAGGCUGGUGUCCCCGCCCACAAGCUUUGUCUGGAGUCAUACGACCAUUCCAGGGUUAUUCUGAAACCCGAAGGGCCAGAUGAUUACAUCAAUGCAAGUUAUAUUAAAGACAGAACAAGAGGUGGCACCCCUGGUUAUAUUGCAGCCAGAACCCCAACUGAUGCUCAGUCUGCCCUGAAAUUCUGGCGGAUGGUAUUGCAGGAAGGAUCUAGAGUUAUAGUGAAGUUAUCACAAAAAACAGACAUUUUCCCUUCUGAAAUAACUCUCCACUCGGAGCAAGUCACAGAAAGAUUCAAACUGACGCAUUGUGAGGACAUCUUCAUCCAAAAAUGUGCCGUUCGUUAUAUGAGACUUAAAAAUGUCUUGGAUCACAGUUCUAGGGGUGUUUACAUCGUUCACAAUCUACAGUGGCCUGAUGAAGAUCGCUACUACCUGCCUCAAGACACCAACGACUUUAUUUCCAUGCGAGAAAUUGUCCGAAAGUGCCAGGGCGUCUCUGUAGCUCCGGUUAUAGUUCACUGCAGUCAGGAGGAUGGUAGAAGUGGAAUUUUCAUCGCUGUGGACGCGCUUCUGUUGGAGUAUGAAAAACAUCGAGAAGUGAAUGUAUUCUCAUUUGUCAGAAAUAUGCUGAAGGAUAGGUACGGAAUGGUGAAGACAAUUUGGCAGUACCGAUAUAUCUACGAAGCGCUGCUGGAGUCACAUUUACUUUCUUGACUUGAAUGUAGCAAAAAAGUAAAUUACUGAGUGUAAGGGUGAAUUCUUAAACCAGCCUAGUUUCUUUUACGUAUCAAUUAAACGUUUUAAAUUGACCAGAUGACAUUCAAGCCAUGAUUAGUUAGGGACUACAAUUAUAUACAUGUAUUGUUAUUGGGUAUUUUAAACAUUUUUUUUCUUCGUUACUGUGUAUUUUACUAAUCAAACAGUUUUUCUUUGUUAAUUUCUAUUUUACUAAUCAACAUGUUUUUCUUCUUUAAUAUAUUGGCAGAGAAGUACUACUCUCUACCUAUGUUAAUCGUGGCGAACGUCCAAAUCUCCAACGCAGCCGCUUUUAGGCCCCGUUGUACUUCUACUAUUGAUUGAUAUCACAAAUUCAAUUCGAAUACGUGAUAUCAGCUGUUUGCAUAGGUGAUACCAUCUAUUCAAAUUGAAAUGACCAUAACGCUUAUUUGAGUAUUUGAUAUCACGUGACUUGGUAACCUAAUUUAUUCAUCGGUUACUAAUAAUGGUGAUAAAUACCAAAAAACGGCGCCACAUCCUAACGAAUUAGUCCAUUAUUCGUAGUUUUAGCUGCAACAGACACAUCUCCAGGUGAAGAUCAUUAAUGGUUGAUAACCGAUGCAUGUUACACAAGUUAACCGCCAUUGUUUCGUCAUCGAGCAAUGCCUUAAUGAGAAAAAGGGAUUGUCUCUCUGUCAACAAAACAAUAUAUCGUCCUGUAAACCCAAACGCAGUCAAAUUGUCUAAACCGAUGUCUGUGAUUUGGCCCGUCCUUGAUGAUUUAUAUAUUUUCUUGCACUUUAUUAUUUUCACUACUCUUUAUUUCACAUUUUUCAUAAUUUUCAAUCUUCAUUGUGCCUGAUGCACUUUUUCAAAUUGAAUUGCAUGAGGCUUUCUUUGUGCAAAGCAUGUUUUUCGUAUUUGAUAUUUUCUCUUUGUUCGCAGGAAACCUUUAUCUCACUUGUUAAAAAUUUAGGUCACAGCUUAUUAAUUAACUGGUUAGUUUUUCAAAGUCAAUUGUACACUUACAUAUCAUUGUUUUUAGUUUACUGUGGAAAAAAUGAAAUGAUACAGGGUAUUUCACACUAAUCAUUCAGCAAAAAUAAUUUGUUGAUGUUUUUUUUUUUAUUUGCACAAUCCUGAGCAAUAAUAAAUGAUAUUUUAUACACAC